GGCCACCGGGAAGACCCCAAACCAAAACUGAGCGACCACCGGUGAGAGAGGGUCAGACCCAAAAACCACAACAGUUUCAUUUCCCUUCGAGGAGUAGGUUGCAGGGGCUCGAGAGGACAGAUCGAGAGGGCAGAUUCAGAGGAUUGCGUCGUCCAUCUUUCGGCUAUGGGAAGGGUGUUCUGUAGAGAGCUACUCCAUUCUUCUUCACAAACUUCCCAGAAGAGUGGGAGAUGGGGGAAAUGUGGAAAGUGUUCAUCAAGGUAGGAAGAGUGAUUCAGGUGUUCAUUGCAAGGAAAAGGGACUUCAAAGGCAGACGGUUUGGCUUCGUAAGAUUCUUGGAAGUGAAAGACCCAAAGGCAGUGGAAAAUCAUCUAAAUAGUAUUACAAUAGGCCAAUAUACCCUCCAAGCAAACCUGGCAAGAUUUUCCAAGGAUGAAGCCCAAAGGAAGAAGGUAACAAAUAAGGUCCAGCUUAAAAAGCAUGAAGGGAGCACAGGCUCCAGUGGGAUGCAAAGAAGAGGAACCCGAACAUAUGCAGAGGUUGUGAGAUCAGGCCAAAGAGAAAUGAUUAUCAAGGAAAGACCAAGUUGGGAGUGGAAAAGAAAGGACCGAGAAGGUGCAAACAAGGCUGAAAAGGAAGGAUGGUAUGGUCUGGAGUUUGGGGUUGAAGACGAAGACAUAAGGGAGCUGGAAAAAUGUUUUAUAGGCCAUGCAAAAUGCCCAGAAAUCAUCAGCACCCUCCAAGAUAAAUUUGCUAUGGAAGGCUACUUUUUAGCCAAAAUUACUCCAAUGGGAAGCAACCUUGUGUUGCUAUCAAGUGGGGACACGGAAGAACUCAAACAUCUUGUAACUGAAGGCCGUGACUGGCUAGCUCAAUGGUUUACUGAAGUUAAACCAUGGUCCCCAGAGGUAGUGGCAACCGAAAGAUUUACAUGGCUUAGAUGCCAAGGAGUGCCAAUCCAAAUAUGGAAGAGCAAUUUCUUUGAAACAAUUGCAUGCAUGUUCGGAAAAUUCAUAUCCUUGGAUGGGAGCACUAUUAAAAAGUCAAGAUUAGAUGUGGCAAAGAUUUUGAUUUUGACUCCACAACAGGAAAACAUCACCAAGGUCCUGAAGAUUAAAGUAAGGAACCAAUUCUUCAGUAUAAGGAUCAGUGAGGAAGUAGGAGUGGACAACAUAUUCUCGCUUCGACCAGAUUUCGUCCUAUGCAGGAAUGAAGACUCCUCAUCAGAAUCAUGGUCAGAAGGAUCUAACUGGAGCGCUACCAAUGAGGUAGAAAGCUGGAAUCAAUGGGAAGUGGUGGAAGCUGAGAAAGGAAUAGAACAGAGGAACAAAGGUGAACAAUCUCGGUGGCCAGAAACUUCACCGGCGGCAACGGAGUUUGAAUGUGGUCUAGAGAUGUUAGAAAAAUCUGACAGAGCAAUUAAUGAGGAGCGGCAAACUUCAAAUCAGCAUGGUAUUGAAGGACCCGAGGAGAACGAUAUGAUGAACCGUUGGGGAAAUGAGUCACAAGAUAACGAGGGUCAGAUCCAGUUAACAUCAGAGGAGGAAGGAGGCAAAAGUGUGCAAGAAGACCCAUACCCUCCAGGUUUUGGCCCAAAUCAAAGGGUAUUGGGCCUUUCACAAGAAGAUGAGCCAAUGCAUCAGUCAACGGAAAGUAAGUCGGUGGAGCCCCAAGAGCAGAGGGCAUUUAAUGUGAAUGUUGACAAAGGAAAGGAAAUAGAAGCAGUGGAGUACAGCUGUGUUCAAGGGGAGUUCGGCAAAGAUUUUGAGGAUCUUGUCCACAGCCUGGCAAGUGACGACGAGAUCUUUCAAUCUAAAAUGGAGAGGAUAGCUCGGCAGAGAAAAACUGGAAAAAAGAAGGUGAAACAGAGGAGGUUAACAACAAGGAGGAAGGCUCACCCGGAUCUUGAAUCAGAGCUACACUUGAGGAAGAAAAGACUCAUAGCUGAAAAGGAAAUUCAAAUGGAUGAGGGGGUGACCGGAGUAUAUCAAGUAUCAAAGAACAGCAUCGAGGAAGAAGCGACAGAAAUAUGGAGAAUAGGGAAUCAAUUGGGGCUAGUCGCCAAGAACAACUAGGAAGAAAUUAUUAAAAGACUUUGUGACAUGGAGAAGAGAGACAAAAUAGAAGUGGCAAAGCAUAGAGUGGCGGAAGCAGAGAAACAGGGAGCAAAGCCAACGAACCCAUGAAGAUCUUGUCUUUCAAUGUAAGGGGUCUGGGGAAGAGCAGCAAAAGAAGAGCAGUGAGGGAACUGAUCAGGAAGGAGAAGGUUGAGAUGAUUUUCUUACAAGAGACAAAGCUAGAGCUAAUCAAUGAUAAAGUGGUGU